AUGGCGAGGCAUUUAUUGGGAUUCCAUGCUGAUUCUGAAGGCAUGGCCACCUCUACCCCAGGGCACGCGAGUCUAGCCAGAGUUUUGCCUACUGCUGCUGGUAGCUACAUUGUAGCUGUGAACGCUCUGCUCCUCUCCCCUUCACCCUUGAAGAUUUGCGAACAUGCAGGAUUGGGCUGUGUGAGGCAGAGCCUUCCCCGAAUGGUAGGCAGUAGAGGAUGUGGUUCUGAUCGUUUUACCCACUGGGGCUGA